UACGAAAAGUUACAUUUUAAAUUGCAGCUUUGUGUAAAUGGUUGUGGAUUUUACGGUACUCCACAAUGGAAAGGUCGAUGUUCGAAGUGUUGGCGUGCAUAUCAAAUCGCACAAAAAAAGUCCGAAGAUUUCACAAAGAAUCGUGAGUUGUUAAACUUCGAGAAAUUUGAAGAACGUCGAAAGUUGUCCACAGAGAGUCGUUCUUUGACUCUGAAAAAUAUCUUACGAAGAUCUUCAAUACCAAAUGGUUCAGAUUUUCAAGCCUUUAAUUCUUUUUUUUCAAAACGUCACUUAAGUGAAGAAAGUCGGUUGGCUCGUGAUGAGUUUUAUAACUAUCUCAACCACAAUUUACCACCCCCAAUCGCUUAUGAAAUAUUACGAAACACUCGACAUGCUGUUGCGAAAAUCGCUGAGCACUUAAGCAUGGAUGAUCUCUCAUCGUUGGUUCUCCAUUUUUAUCAAGUAAUGACGGAAAAAUUGCAAUAUAGUCGAUAUUUCAAAGAGAUUGUGGAAAAGAUCGAACAUUAUAUUUGUGUUCGUUGCUAUGUUAUUCUCUUUUGUGCUGUUGCUGAUGAAGAAGUGGCCGAUCUUUCUCUGCAAGAUCGUAUUCGAUCUCUCAAUUGGGUUACAUCUGGUUUUCUUGAAACCAACCUUGAUUUUAGUCAACAAUCUGUGCAAGAAAAAUUGGAUGAAGCAAUAACGGAGAUGAUUGAUAUAAACAGCCAUCGCGGUGCAGGUGAAAAAUUGAAUUGCUUAGUGCGAUGUUCAAAGCUAAUAUUUGAAGCAUUAAAGGAGAGCCGGUCAGCUAGUGCUGAUGAAUAUCUUCCUGUUCUUAUAUAUGUUCUACUUAAAGGAAAUCCUCCACUGAUUCAGUCGAAUGUAAAGUUUAUUAGUCGCUUUGCUUUACCUUCACGGAUUAUGAGCGGUGAAUCAGGAUAUUAUUUUACAAAUCUCAGUUGUGCCCUACAAUUUAUUCAAAAUAUGAAUGCUGAUAGUUUGAAAAUGCCUCAAAAAGAAUUCGAAGCUUAUACGUGCGGUCAGCAAGUGCCCCCGUUAAGUUCUUUAAAUAUGGGUUGCAACCAGUUAUCAUUUUUAGUAGGUAAUUUAUGGUGUAAUUCUUAUAGAGAGAGUGACAAAUUUUUACGAGAAAUUCACGAUUGUUGUGAUGAAUAUCCUUCGGCUGAGCUUCAGUCACUUUCUAAACAAAUAGCAGCUGAGGAAUCACAGAUGUCAACUUCUUGCUCUUUAAUUUCUUUAUCAGUAAACAGUUCACGGACGACAUCCCGAGAUCAGGAUCUUGAAGAAGGAUGUUCAAACUCACUGGAUGACGAUUUAAGUAUGUCAUGCCAAUUAUAUUUAUUAAAAUCGAAUUCGAAAUAA